AUGACAAUUCCUGCACGAGAACAGAGCCGCAGCCCGUCACCGUCGCCGGACACCGCCCUCGUCUCUUACGAACCCGACGACAACGACAGCCCAGCCUUCUCUUUCUCUGGGACCGGUGCCGAAGACAGCCCACUACCGCCAUCCUACGAUCUAGGGCCGGAACCCCAACAGCAGUCGGCAUCGAGUCUUCCGCAGAGACUUCAGCCGAGCAACGGCGGCGUCGGUAUAUCUCCAACCUCCCUCGUCUCGACCGACUACUACGCCGCCUCGUCCGCCGCCUCCUCACCCUGUACCUCCGUCUACGCCGACCUGUCCCUGGGCAGCGACCGAGGAGGAAACGAGACUGGACCCUUUCUGGACACCGACACCAAGUCCAGAGGCCAGUCUCCAUACACAAUCCCCAAGAGAGCCAUUAUGAACGACGAUGCGAACCUCCCCCACCGUUCGUCAUCCCCGCUCAAGCGUCGCGCAUCAAGCAUGGAACCCGAAGGUGACGUGCCCAACAGCACAUCCUCUUCCUCCGACAUCAGGGCGAACAGCGGCCUGCCCCGCGCUAUGAGUGUCGAUACGCCCGACUAUACCGCCGAUCAAAAUGAGAACAGAUCGCCACCUCCGAUGCAUGAACAAGUCAAAAUAAUCGAGACACUUCUCCAAGCCUCUAAGGAGGCACCUCUCAAGGAAGGAGAGACAGCAUACCUGGUAUCCCGGAGCUGGGUCGACAAGGCACUCGCCCUACGCUCCGAUGACCCAAAGAGAGCUAAGACGGAUGAUACCGACGUCAAAUCUUUGGGCCCCGUUGACAAUUCGGACAUAAUUCAAGAUGUCAUCAAGGAUUCCAGCGGCAUUGAAUUCGUUCGCCUAAAGCCGGGGCUUGGCCUCGAGUCCUUUGAGCUCUUCCCCCAAGAUGCGUGGAACUUGGUGGUUGACUGGUAUGGCAUCAAGGAUGACCAGAAACCCAUCGUGCGGAACGCUAUAAAUGAGGCUCCUGAUGCCCAGUCAGCACCCGAAAUCAUCUACGAACUGCAUCCUCCCAUCUUCCGUAUCCACAGGCUGUGGUCUGAGAUCAGCCCCCUACCGAUUGAGCAGUCGCUCAAGGCCAACAACCCUGGUCCUGUUAUUCUCGUACGGAGCCGCAAGAGUCAUGCCCACACCUUUCUUAGGGAUGCCAAGACCCUGGCCGGCAUCCCACUCGAUCGCAAGAUCAGGCUGCACUCCAUUGCUUCGACACACACUCUGGGUGACCAUACCUCACAAUCCUCAGCCCUGACACCCCCUGAUUCGCCUCAGCGGGAAGGCCAGGUUGGAUCACAGGGCUCCUGGUCUUGCCUGCUUGUCGAUGUGCCUAGUUUCUCUCAGGUCCGUGACCUGAGAAUGCAAGUUGACAUGGCCGACACGACAAUCAACCCCAAGUACAAUGGAAAGUCCUCCAUCCAGCUGCAAGGCCUUGUCACGGAUCAAACGCUCAUACUGGACGAAGCCAUCGAGGGCUGGUGGGUCAGCACUUACACCGGCCAGCACCUGCCCAAGGCAGCCAAGAGCCUCACGAUUAAGGGAACUACAUCGACUCUAUCAUCCAAGACAAACAGCGCUCGCAGCAGCCCGGCGCCCCUGGGCCCCGUCACCCGUGGAAGGGGACAACGCAAGAGCGUCGGCAAGAGCUUGGGCUCUGUGGGCUUGCACAACCUGGGCAACACAUGCUACAUGAACUCGGCCCUGCAGUGCGUUCGUAGUGUCGAGGAGCUCACCAAGUACUUCCUCACCGACGCGUACCUGACCGAGAUCAAUAAGACGAAUCCUCUAGGGUAUCACGGCAAGGUCGCCCUCGCCUACGCUAGUCUGCUGAAAGAGAUCUAUGAUGCGGGCCGUGGAUCUGUCAGUCCUCGUGACUUCAAGACGACAGUCGGUCGGUGCCGGAGCACAUUCCAGGGCUGGGGUCAGCAAGACUCGCAGGAGUUCCUUGGCUUCCUCCUCGACGGCCUCCAAGAAGACCUGAGCCGUAUCAAGAAGAAGCCGUACAUUGAGAAGCCCGACUCCACGGAUGACAUGAUCAACGACCCCGAAGCCAUUCGUCGGAUGGCAGAGGAAGUGUGGGAUAUCACGAGAAAGCGAGACGACUCAGUCAUUGCCGACCUUUUCACUGGCAUGUACAAGUCGACCCUCAAAUGCCCCGAAUGCGGCAAGAUAAGCAUCACCUUUGAUCCAUUCAACAACCUCACUCUGCCACUCCCCAUCGAGGACAUGUGGGUCAAGGCCGUUCGGUUCUUCCCACUCAACGAUGUGCCCGUGAGGAUCGAAGUUGAGCUCCCUAAGCACAGUUCCAUCGAGACCCUGAAGCAGUUCAUGUCGACACGCACUGGCGUCCCGGCUAAUCGUCUGAUGGGUGCUGAGGAGUUCAAAGAUAAGUUCUUCAAGAUCUACGACGAUCACCAGGAUAUCUCUGAGGAGAUCCAGUCCUCUGACAUCCCUACAAUCCAUGAACUGGAAGCAAUACCAACCAACUGGCCACCAAAGGGCAAGCUCAAAAAGCGAUCUAUGCUAGACAUCGGUACACCUCCUGACCCCUCCACCUGGGAAGACCCGGCAUACGAACGCAUGGUGGUUCCUGUCUUUCACCGCCGUCCCCAUGCCACUGGACGCUCCGAGGGAGCGUCUCCUCCGCACUUUGUCAUCCUUAGCAGAGAGGAGGCCUCUGACUACGACCGUAUCCAGCGAAAGGUGCUGGCCAAGGUUGCCACGUUUUCGACCUGGAAGACGCUCCAGAAGGAGUGCGAGGAAGGGGGAAGCAACCAAAACACAGAAUCCGAUAGCGGAGUGACCACUGCUUCCGACGUCGAUUCCCCGGGAGAGAGCAACUUCGCCGCGCACUCGGUCCAGGGAGAGGAAGACAUGGUGGACGUCACGAUGAAGGACGCGAGUGAGCGUCUGCCUCACAAGCCUGGGAUCCUGAGGCGUUUCAACACGAAGCGCCCUGCCUUCCUCAAGCCUGAUAGCUUCCUGGCCCCCGAACUUCAGAACCUAUUUGAACUUAGCUACUUCUACGACGGCCCGGAGAGUUCAGUACCGACUGGAUGGUCUCAGAUCGAGCCGUCGAGGACCUUUCCCAAGGUCGCAGACCGCAUACCGCAGCAGCUCCAGGCUGAGGAAGACCAAGGAAGCCCGACUAGUAUCGAGAGCUCAGACAAUGGAGGAUCCGGAAACGAGGAGGACAGUAACGAAGGUUCUCCCAAGAUCGAGUCACCUGAAACACGUAUGGCAGAUGAAUCGAGCGAGGAAGCUGACGUCGGGCCUAGCCGCUUCGCCCGUCGCCCCAACCCCAAGUUCAAAGGAAAGAAGAAGUUCAACAAGACCUACGGCAAGGCCAACAAGAGGCGUGAGAAGCAGAUGCGUAAGGAAGCGCACCGUACUGCUGUCAGGCCGCAGCCCCGACCGCAGCCCGAGGCCCGAGCCGACGGCGGCCCUCUCAUCCGUCUUGGGGAGGGGCUCGUCGUCGAUUGGAACGAGGAGGCCUGGGAGACGAUAUUUGGUGGCUCACCCUACGGUGGCGAGUCUGGAAGUAAAACUUUUAUCGAGCCAGAGGUCCUCACCGACCCGGCCCUCAAGAUCACCCAGAGGCGUCGGCAGACACGACGCUCCCGCGGCAUCACCCUCGAUGAGUGCUUAGAUGAGUUUGAGAGGGCCGAGGUGCUUUCAGAGCAGGACAUGUGGUACUGCCCACGCUGCAAGGAGCACCGCCGGGCCAGCAAGAAGUUUGAUCUGUGGAAGACUCCGGACAUCUUGGUGGCGCACCUCAAACGUUUCAGCAGCUCUGGCUACCGCCGCGACAAGCUAGAUAUCCUAGUCGACUUCCCCAUUGAGGGGCUGGACCUCACUUCGCGAGUGAUCGAGAAAGAAGACGGACGUAACGAGAUAUACGAUCUCAUUGCGGUGGACGACCACUACGGGGGGCUCGGCGGAGGUCACUACACGGCGUACGCCCGUAACUUUAUGGACGGCCGAUGGUACAACUACAACGACUCGUCAGUCAGCCACGUGUCGGACCCGACAUCUGUGGUAUCGAGCGCCGCGUACCUUCUGUUCUACCGGAGGAGGUCGAGCGGUGCCCUAGGUGGUGCUCGCUUCCAGGAGAUUUUUGACCAAUUUGACAACCCAGAUGAAGGUGGCGAGGAAUCUUCGACCGAGGCGGGAAACGACCAGCCUUCGUCGGACGACAGCUACGGGCGCGUAUCUAGGCCAAGCUUAAUCAAAGGAAGCAGCGUCAACACGCGUCGACUGGACGGAUCGGACGACGAGGAUGGAGGGCCCUUUGGCGGCAGCGGACAGAGCAUAGUGCGUCGCAGCGUCGAGAUGGACGACGAGUACCAGUCCCUAGGACCCAACCCGGUGAGCCAAGGGUGGAGCUUCGGCGACACGGACAACGGCACGAUAGACAACACGUCAGAUCUGGCUAGCGAUACGGUCCAGGUCAGCUCUGAGGAUGACCAGAACGUGUUUGGUGACGAGGACGUUGAGAUGAACUCUGCCGUGGCGGACGGCGACUCAGACGCCGAGACGACCUACAAGGCGUCAUCGCCCAACGUGCACGCGGCCGGCACAGACAUCAUUUCGGUCUCCGCCAAGUCGGGUGUUGCAGCAGACGCGGACUCGGAGGAAGUGGCUGAAAUUCAUGUCGAGAGCGGCGAUAAAGAAUCCAGCUCGUAG